AUGAGACGGAGACACGAGACGGAGACUCCAGACGGAGACACCAGACGGAGACACGAGACGGAGACACCAGACGGAGACACCAGACGGAGACACGAGACGGAGACACGAGACGGAGACACGAGACGGAGACACGAGACGGAGACACGAGACGGGAGACACGAGACGGAGACACCAGACGGAGACACCAGACGGAGACACCAGACGGAGACACGAGACGGAGACUCCAGACGGAGACACGAGACGGAGACACGAGACGGAGACACCAGACGGAGACACCAGACGGAGACACGAGACGGAGACACGAGACGGAGACUCCAGACGGAGACACCAGACGGAGACUCCAGACGGAGACUCCAGACGGAGACACGAGACGGAGACACCAGACGGAGACACCAGACGGAGACACGAGACGGAGACUCCAGACGGAGACACCAGACGGAGACUCCAGACGGAGACUCCAGACGGAGACACGAGACGGAGACACGAGACGGAGACACCAGACGGAGACACGAGACGGAGACACGAGACGGAGACACCAGACGGAGACACCAGACGGAGACUCCAGACGGAGACUCCAGACGGAGACACGAGACGGAGACACCAGACGGAGACACCAGACGGAGACACCAGACGGAGACACCAGACGGAGACACGAGACGGAGACUCCAGACGGGAGACACCAGACGGAGACUCCAGACGGAGACACCAGACGGAGACACCAGACGGAGACACCAGACGGAGACACCAGACGGAGACACGAGACGGAGACUCCAGACGGGAGACACACCAGACGGAGGACACCAGACGGAGACACCAGACGGAGACACCAGACGGAGACACCAGACGGAGACACCAGACGGAGACACCAGACGGAGACACCAGACGGAGACACGAGACGGAGACUCCAGACGGGAGACACCAGACGGAGACACCAGACGGAGACUCCAGACUUGA